GCCAAAGCGAGGGACAGACACGGGCACACCGAGAAACCGCCAGACCAAUUCCAUAUUCAGCCCCCAUCCAUAUCCCGUCGCCGAUCCAACUGUCCUAGUCCACCACACAUAUUACCCAUUCCCAUUGUGUCGCGUCGACCCAUUGGCACCAUGGAGACUACAGACAGGGCCGAAAUCUCCCUCUCGAGGGCAGAGCAGCCCAGCGGCGCCGUUGCCAUCAACAACGUCCGAAGCGAGUUCCGAUCAAAGGCCGAGGCCAACAAGAUCCGCAAAGUCAAGGCAGCAGAGAAGUCGUACGGCCGUGGUCGCAAGAUCGAUGUCAAGAACGUCAAGGACAAAAAGCUCAAGCGCAACCUUACCAACCUCGAAGAAAAGUACCAGACGGCCACGCUAAAGGCCAAGGAGGCCGAAAUCCUUCUCGAGAAUGCCGGCGGUUUCCUCGAGGCUGAACAUGAGCUUGAACGCACAUACAAGGUUCGCCAGGAGGACAUCGUCAGCGAAGUCAACAUUGAGGUCGCCCAGAAAAAGUUCGACUUGAAGCUCGACCAACUAGGCCCUUACAUUUGCGAUUUUUCGAGGAAUGGCCGGGAUCUGAUUCUGGCAGGACGAAAGGGCCAUGUCGCUACGAUGGACUGGAGAGACGGCAAGCUGGGCUGUGAGUUGCAGUUGGGAGAGACCAUCAGGGACGUCAAGUGGCUACACAACAACCAAUACUUUGCCGUCGCUCAGAAGAAGUACACCUACAUCUACGACUCGCAGGGCGUCGAGCUCCACUGCCUAAGGAAACACGUCGAAGUCUCCCACCUCGAAUUCCUCCCCUACCACUUCCUGCUGGCCACCCUGGGCACAAACGGCCAGCUCAAGUACCAGGACACAUCGACCGGUCAGAUCGUCACCGAAAUCGCAACGAAGCUGGGCACACCCGUUUCCAUGACACAAAACCCCUGGAACGCUAUCCUCCAUGUUGGUCACCAGAACGGCACAGUAACGCUAUGGUCGCCCAACUCGUCAGAACCUCUGGUCAAGCUCCUUGCCCACCGUGGUCCCGUACGAUCCAUGGCUGUCGACCGCGAAGGCCGCUACAUGGUGACAACAGGACAGGACUGCAAGAUGGCCGUUUGGGAUAUCCGCAUGUUCAAGGAGGUCAACAACUACUUUACCCGGGCGCCCGCUUCGUCCGUCGCCAUCUCAGAUACCGGCCUUACCGCUGUCGGCUGGGGCACCAGGACAACGGUCUGGAAGGGUCUCUUCUCGAAGGAGAAGCCGGUACAAGAAAAGGUCCAGUCUCCCUACAUGACGUGGGGCGGUGAGGGCAAGCGCGUCGAGCGGGUGCGGUGGUGCCCCUUUGACGAUGUUCUCGGUGUCGGCCACAGCGAAGGGUUCUCGUCCCUCAUCAUCCCCGGCGCCGGCGAGGCCAACUUCGACGCCUUGGAAGUCAACCCGUACGAGACCAAGAAGCAGAGACAGGAGGGCGAAGUCAAGCAGCUGCUCAACAAGCUCGCGCCCGAGAUGAUUGCGCUCGACCCCAACUUUAUCGGCACCCUCGAUUUGCGGUCGGCGAAGCAGCGGGAGGCGGACAAGGAUCUGGACGCCGGGCCGCCGGAUCUGGAGGAGGAGAUGCGCAACCGGGCCAGAGGCAAGAACAGCGCGCUCAAGAAGUACCUGCGGAAGCAGAAGAAGAAGAACAUUAUCGACGAGAAGCGGCUCAAGGCCGAGGAGAUGUACAAGCAGAUGCAGGAGAAGAACGGGGAGAGGCACAAGGAGAAGGUGGCCGAGCUGGGGCCUACGCUGGCCAGGUUUGCGAGGAAAGAGUAGAGCAUGAAAAUUGGUGGGAGGGGUGGAAGAACAGAGUACAUGAUGAUACCCAGAAUCAGUCACUUAAUGAAACCAAAGACGGUCAGUCGACCGGAUGCUGUGCUGAUACUAUAUUUGUUUACUUGAUAUGCUUACGUGUAUGUGGAGACUCAUCUUGUUGCUUGAUAAUCUAUUCAAAAGUAAAAAUCAA